UUUUAGUCUUUCACCACCGGCCGCGCGCGCUACACUUGAACUGCCACCUCCGUUCCGAAAGCUCCCGAGCUCCACGCUCGCCGCCUCAUAAACAAACAGUUAGACAAACUCUCUGCGUCCCGCGUGUGCGUGUGUGUGAGUGCUUGCUGCUCGCUACUUGCGUUUUGUUGCUGCCACACGGUCGCCCUCAUUGUGCUCUGGUGCAAAUGAAAAUUUCAUUGAGCAGAAAGUCGAAACAGCGGAAAAGUGGAAAAGCCUAAAGCGGCAGCGGCUACAGCGGCUACAGCGGCAGAAGAAAACAAAGUAAAGAUCUCCUCAAGUGAAAUUUCUGACUGAUGAAAAUUGAAAACAGCAAUUCAAUCGAAUUUCAAAAUAGACUAGGCCAUAACGAUCGCUGGAGCAUUGCCAAAAAGCAGCGCCAAUUAAUUAAGGUUCAAUAAACGAAGCUUGUAUCCGUGAAUCGAUAGAAAAAUGCAGUGCGGCCUAGAGAUGAACGACUGCGAGCGAUCCCCCAACCGGACCAAUCUACGCGUCAACUUCAACGAGAAGGGGGCCGAGGUGAAGGAGCGCAGGGAGAAGUUCCUCACAGCCAAAUACGGAUCACACCAGAUGAGCCUCAUCCGCAAGCGCCUCGCUGUGGAGAUGUGGCUCUACGACGAGUUGCAGAAGCUCUUCGAUCCGCCGAGCGAGGCCAUUGAUGUGGACAUUGACGAGAUAUUGGACAUGGACACAGAUGACAUAAGGAGAUCUCAUCUUAUAAGGUUAUUAUCAGUCUGCAAACGCCCGCAAUCGGACAUAUCGAAGUUCAUCAGCGACCUGCUGGAUCGCGCAAAGACACUGUAAAUCUCCAGCCCCUCGAUCAUUCAGCAGAACUACACAUACAAUAUGCAGACAAUGUGCAACAAUAAAUAAUUAGGACCCUAAGUUUAGCCCGAAAAUCAAAGAACAAGGAAUUCAGUUACAAAUCUUUAAUUUAACCCAUCCGGAACUUUUCCCCAUAAUUUCUGGGUUCUGUGUUCUGUUUACCUUAGUUGAUAGUUCGGAUCUUUUCGCUGACUAAUUCAAAGUUGUGUUUCUAAUUUAAGUCACCGAUUACGAUAGCCAGAUCGCUAGCCCUAAGCCUAUGAACGUGAAUUCAUCAAUUUUGUGAUGAGACAUGAUUGUUUAAAUAAAAAACAUAACCAAACAUGAACUGGCCUGAAAGCAAAAACGAAUGUUAAGCAUGUUUAGUGAAGUUAAGAAUUUUGUGCUCCAUUCUUGAAGAAAGAUCAUCCCCUUCGCGAGAUCGGGGCUCACCGACACUCUGGUUGUUCGCUAAAUUCGCCUGUAUGUGCUUAUUUUAAUCGAUUAAAAUUACCAUUAAAUCGUGUAUCUAUUAUAUAUUAAAUACAAAAACAAACAAAAAACAAAAAGUUGGGAGAGCGCCGGCUCGGUUCUUGUAACGUAGUCGAUCCCCAAGACAAAGAUGUAAGCUCAGGUUCACUGCCAAAACGUGGAGUGGGGAAAGCUUGUGUGCUGAGUCGCUAAAGCAAAUACAAACAGUUAUUGAGUGCAGAAGAGUACAGUAAAGCCUGGCAAAAAGGAAUUUUAAUCACAACUUUUUCUUUUCCUGAGAUAAGUGAAAUCGGAACUAAAGCGGUUCUGUAAGGGUUAGUAUUGUAACUUCAGUAGAACCGAUUUGUGUUUCCGAAAUCCAGAGACAUGAUAGCCACAUUUUAAAACAAAAUGACACGAAACCAUUUCCAUAAUUGUAAAUAAAUAUUGAAGGAACAGCCCCAAUCACAGCAUAAACAAUAAACUCGAAUGCAUAAGCAAUA